GGAUAAAUGGCGGGCGGCCAUUAUUCGCUUCUGUUUCUACCAGAUUGAGCACGCUGAGAAGUAUUUUGACGACAAUUCUGAUAUCAAUUAUUUAAUUACCGGUAUAUACGUUAUACUGUGCUGUGUCACUAUCAAAUCACGAAUCAUUUUACUUAAAGUUUGUGUUUUUGUGCACAUUUUAGGCUACAAUGCGUCGCAAAAGUGAGCGCACCGCAAGUAAAAAAGGGAAGGCAUCGCCGGAAAAGAAAAUUGAAAAAGUCAAACGCCCAAGAACUAGACGUAAAAAGCAGUCCUCGUCGUCAGAAAACGAAUCUGCCGAUGAUGGAAGUCCUGUGCGAGAAGUUGAGAGCGUCGUUGAUGCUGAAAAAAAGCCUCCAUCAACACCUGCAAAAGAGGAUAGCCCUGAAGAAGCACAAGAUCAGGUAUGGCGUGUUAAAACUACAGAGGCCUCUGGUGAUAUCAAAAAAUUGAAGAUUUGUUUGACGCGUCCACCGUCUACACCCGAGAGAGUCGAUAGAUCUCCUCGCAGUAAAAGAAAGCAUUCACGCGCGACAAGCUCUAGUGAUACACCUAGUGUGGAGGGCGUUGAAGAAAGAAAGAAGCCCAAACAUCGUUCUAAACGUGCUCUUCGAGGUUCAAAAGAUGAUACGGAUAAAAACAAUGAUAGUCAGGGAGAUGAGCCUGAUCAGGAUUCAAGCCAGUUCCAAGAUCAAGAUAAAUCUAGUGAUGAGGUAACUCAAAGUGAAACAGUUGAAGAUAUUGAAACACCAGUGUCGACAACUAAUGAAGAAAUGAAGGUGGAUGAAUCGAAAAACGUAUCACAAAGCAGUGAAGAUAUACCAACAAGUAAAGAAACUGCCUCACCUGGGCAAGAUGAUGUAGAAAAAGCUUCUGAUGCUGAUACAACUGUUGUUUCACCUAAAAGUGAAACAAGAGUUGCAUCUCCAUUAGUUGAAGUAAAUCCUGAACCUAAUUCAGACAUCCAAGAUGAACAACCAUCUAAUAGUAAUGAUAACAAUCCUCAAGCAACUACUGAUACAACAGAGAAGGAAAGCCCUAGAAGGACAAGAAGUGAAUCAGUUGACAAAUCUGAGGUUCUAGAAUUACAUCCUGAUGACAGUAAGUGUGAAUCUUCUGAUAAUGAGGCCAAUCAGUCCAAAGCAGAAUCUGAACAGGGCUCAAAUAAGCCUCCAGAAGAAAAUCCCAAUACGACUCAAGAGGAUACGAAACCUGUUGAACCCCAAGAAGAGAAGCCUACUUUACCCCAACAUGAAGAGGAAUCUACUGAGGCCAAAGAUGAAGAGAAACCUAUUGUGUUCCAAGAUGAGGAGAAACCAGCGUCUGAAGAACAAGAGGUAAGUAUAAUAAAUGAAGAAAAUAUUCAUAAGGAAACUGAGAAAGUUGAAUCUGAUUGCAAAGAAGCCAUUAAUGAAACUGAUGUUGUAGAGAGUUCUGAGAAGGUAAUUAAAGAAAAUCAAAAGAGGAAAUUGUCUACUGAUAAUGCAAGCCAACCUAUGGAAACAGAGCCAGCUAAAGUUGAACCUGAACAAGUAUCACAACAGCCCAUUGAGUUACACCGCUCAGAUUCUGUUAAGUCUACAAAAGAGGAACCUGUUGCUAAUGGUCAGGCUGCUCCGGCUGUAGUUCCUAGGAAGAGGAGAUGGGGGUCAAGGAGUUCUAAACUAACAACCCAGAAAUCAAUUACAAUUUCAACUGAUGUAUUGAAAGAUAUUAUACCUGAUGUGAAACCAGUGGAGUUUGAUGAAGUUAUAGAAGAGAAGAAACACAGAAGAAUUGAAGCUCAGGAAAGAAUUGAAAGACCAGUGCUUCCAAAAAUUAUUAUUGAUAAUACUGACAAUGUGGAAUUGAACAAGGAAUCUGAGGAAGACCAAGACCCUCACACUCCAAAGCCAAGAGAUUUAGCUUCCAAUAGAAAAAUAUCAAUAAUUAAGGAUAAUGAUAGUAUAAUAGCAAGACCACCGAGCCCACCCAGAAAUAAACAGUCAUGUAUAUUGUAUAUCACAAAUUUGGUGAGACCAUUUACACUUCCACAGUUGAAGAAUUUGUUACAAAGAACAGGAAGGAUUGUAGAGAAUGGGUUUUGGAUAGAUAGAAUUAAAUCAAAAUGCUUUGUGGAAUAUGAAACUGAAGACCAAGCUGUGGAGACAAGGCAUGCUCUGCAUGGUGUUACAUGGCCAGUCUCAAACCCAAAGACUCUUCAGGUGGACUUUUCUACACAAGAAGCUUUCGAGAAAGCCAAAUCUAACGAAGAGACUGAUGCUACACCAGUAUCAGCAAUUCCUGGAACUGUUGAGGAUUGGCUUCGGGAGCAAGACAUGAAGAGAGAUCGAGGGGAUUUGGAGAAACCAUGGGAAAGGAAAGCAGCUACGCGAGAAUGGGAUCUUGGAAAGAAUGAAAAAGACAAGGAUAAUAAAGAUAGUAAGUCAAAGCGUGAGGAACGCCCUGCUGAUAAAAGAAGACACCGCUCCCAAGAGAAAAGUCCUGAGCCUGCAAGGAAAUUCAAGAAGAAAGAAGAAGAAGCUCCCGCUAAGCUGUUGGAUGAUUUGUUUAGAAAAACUAAGACAACUCCAUGCAUAUACUGGUUGCCGCUUUCAGCUGAAACGAUAGCAAUAAAGGAAGAACAGCGGCGCCAGCACAUGGCCGAGCACGAACGAAGGUUGCAGGAGCUGCGCCGAACGCACCGCCGUCACUAGCAUGGUCCGUCUCAUACACCCACUUCAUCGUUGCAUCUCACACACCCAUGUCAUUACAUGACCCACACAUACAAACAUGUACUGCCACUCAUACAUACACCUACACAUAACACAUACAUUUACAUAUUUCAUAACUCAUACUCAUUCUAAUAUUUUUGUCGGAUAGUCGACAUUCCUUUUCAGGCAGUAUACUGUCUUCAGUGACAGUAAUUUAAUUUUAUGUUUAUUUGAAGAUAAUUUUGUUAUAUGAUAGUCAUAUUACAAUUUAGGUUUAAGGGCGACAUAUACAAGAUAAUCUUGGCAGGAUUUUUGGGACAUGGACAUUAUGAAUUGAUUUUAUACAAAAUGUUAUAGAAAGGCACGCUUGGAGGAAAGCCUAUGAUUUAAUUCGUCGUCGGCGUAAUGCAGUCACUUGAUCAAAACGAGCAGGGGACGUCCGCUGUGGGAAAAAGAUGCACCACGAUUGACAUCAUUCCACUAGACAUUGCGUCGAUGUGCGCCUUUCGGCCAAUAAUUGUACCGCUGGCCCGAUUGGUGGGUACUUGCGAAAUUAUCUGUAUGUUGACAACGUCGCUACAAUCAACGGCAUCAACUAAACAGACCAAUUGCAGUACAAAAUUUGCUGUAGUCUGGGAGGUGGAGAUAUGGAGACCAAUUUGAUUAUUUUGAUGAAAGUAUCAUGAUUUUGAGUGAGAGAACGAGAACAGGAAUUAUGAAUUCACUAUAACAGAGGAUCAGCUGAUACACAUAAAUUGAAGGAAAUGAAAUUAAAAAUGUGAAUAAUAAUGGAACAACUGAUUUGGAAGUGUAGCCAGCCUCAUCUAAUAGAUAGACAAGUAGCGCAAAUGCGAGGUAGUCAGGUUAACGUCGUAAUGUUCAUAUGUUUUGUCUGAAGUACCUAUAUUCGGUUCAUUUGAUGUUGAAUAAAAGUUUCUGAAUUAAU